CAAACAAGAUGGCGGACGUCGAGCCCCGCGAAAUUGAAGAUGGUGACUCCACGCAAAAAACUGAAAAUAGUACAGAGAAAGAUACAGAAAAUAAUGGCCAGAGUGAGAAACCAAACCGACUGACCAAGUUUCCAUUGUCAAGGGUGAAACAUAUGAUGAAGCUGGACCCCGAUGUUACACUCGCUAGUCAGGAAUCCGUUUACCUUAUAACGAAGGCGACGGAAAUGUUUGUUGACUAUAUAUCAAAGUACUCCCACAACUACACAUCUCAGAGUAAAAGGAAGACCAUGCAGAGGAAAGACAUCGAUUCUUCCAUCCAAUCGUUGGAUGAAUUGGCAUUCCUUGAAGGCACUUUGGAAUGAACAAUAUCUGGAUUCUCACAGAACUUAAAAUAUAGAUAAUGUAAAUACAGGGUUCCUGCAAAUGUCUUUAAUGACUCUUAACUCAGCUCUGUCUCAUUUCUCAUAUCUUUCAAUGGUCUAUAUAAUGCAAGAAUAAUAUUGAACAUGUUAUUCAAGGUUUGAAAUCACAUCAAUUACAGUUUUCCAUUCACUUUGAAAUGAAAUGUAAAAACAGGAUAACCAAAAGUCAUUGAGUUGUAACAUCAACUGUGCUUAGUAAUGUGCUAUACACUUUUCUAUCCUAUAGUUAAUUUGGAUGUGCACACAUUUCUGCACCGUAAUCCCCUCUAAAAUUAUAGACAUUAAACGCAAGGUCUUGCAGUGAACAGAAAAUCACCUAUUUACAUUAUACUUUCUCACAAUAGGCAUUUGAAAACCUGUCACGCUAACAUUUUAUUGUUUAUGUUGAUCUCCGCUGCUUGUUACUUUUUUUCCGGUCAAACAAAGAAAUUAAUAUCUGUAUAGUUUGCUUUGUAUCAACUUAAAUCAAAAAGUUUAGAUUUUGAGCUAAUGUGAAACAUCUAUCAACUCUCAUAUACUGUAAAAACAAAGUAAAUUAUUUGUGUUAAAUGUAGGAGUUCACAAGAUAUCCAUAUUAUAAUAUCAAAUCAUAUCUAUGUCACAAUUUGUUUGACAGUAGUAAACUUGGUGAAUUCUUGCUGGAAAACAUGUUUACAGAGCUUUAUCAGAACUGUGUGAAAGUAAAUUGUAAUUCUGUUUAAUUUCUAGUCUCACCCCAAAUAAAUUAUUUUUUUAGCAACAGAAAUGGAAAACUAUUUUAUUAGUAUUGAAUUUGUAUUUCGUGAUUGCAUUGUGUUAUGUAAAUACAUUUUGUUUUCA